AUGUUUCACUAUUAUUUUGUUAACAUCUAUCUAUUUAUCUAUUUGCAUAUUCUUUUUUUCUUCCUUUAUUUUUUUCUUUUCCUGCCUGUCUUUCUCUCUUCCUUUCUUUCUCUAUUUUCUUUCUUUCUCUUCUUUCUUUCCUUACUGUUUGUUUCUUUCUUUAAUGUGUCUUCUCUUCUUUUUCUUGUUCGUUUCUUUCUUUAUUGUUCUUCUUUCUUUCCCUUCUAUCUAUCUUUUCUUUCUUUUCCUUCUUUCUUUAUUGUAUGUUUCUUUAUUUUUUGUCCUCCUCUUUCUUUCUGUAUUUUUCCUUCUUUCUUUCUUUCUUUCUUGUUUGUUCUCUUCUUUCUUUCCUGUUUGUUUGUUUCUUUAUUGUUGUUUCUUUCUUUAUCUUUUUCUUCUUUCUCUCUUUUCUUUUUUCUUUUAUUGUUUGUUCUCAUCUCUCUCUCUUUCUUUCUUAAUUCUUUUCUUUUUUCUAUCUUUUCCUUCUUUCUCUACUUUCUUUCUUCCUUUCUUUCCUUUUCCAUCCAUUCCUUUACAACUAAUAUAUUUCAUUUGAUAUGGUUGUGUUUUAUCAGACAUUAUAUAAUUUUAUUACAUGUUAGCAAGCUUUUACUUUUUGUCUGCAUCACUUCUAACAAAAAUUUCUCUCUCUUUAUCUAUUUCAUGUUUUUCAUAUCUAUCCAUCCAUCCCUGUUCAUAUCUAUCUAUCUAAAGCUUUUAAUAUCUAUCUAUCCAUCCCUGUUCAUAUCUAUCUAUUUAAAGCUUUUAAUAUUUAUCUAUCUAUCCCUGUUCAUAUCUAUCUAUCAUUAA